AUGACUGUUGAAGAAUAUUUAUUCGGUGGAUGCGCGAAUUUUGCCUGCUUUCAGGAUAUUGCAAAAAAAGGGAAUGCGCUGCCGAACGCGGUAAAUCGAUCGCUGCAGAUAAAAUGCAGUCGCAUGCGGGCAUUCAUCGAGAAGCAUCGUGACUCCUUGCAUCUGCAUAUCAACCAACUGCGCUACUUCGCAGCUUCCGAUGGUGGUACGUAA